GGUCACAGUGUUUUGCAAACUGCUCUGCCCAGACUGAAUAAAGGGGAUGAAAGGAGGCGUACGAAUCUGUCAGCCGCCGUCCUGCAUUUUAAGCUUUGUGCUUGACUGUAAAGAUGAGGAUUUCUCUCAGCAGAACUUUUAGCUUUAGCACUCCGACUCGGAUUUGACUUUUUCUUUUUUCCUGAAUGAACUCUGUCAUACAAUCCAGUAGCAUUACAUGAAAUGCUUUAGUUAUAAUGAUGAAAAGGCGGAAAGGGGGAUGACGUAUUUCGGAGGGGGUGUUUCGGUGGUGUGAGGACUGCGGGCUGUGGUUGGGUAUGUCAGGGCCACGUGUCUGCGCUUGCACCUCUCUUCUCCUCACUGAGGAUGUCGGACUGAGACCCUAGUGCACCUGGUCAAAGUGGGGUGAGUGUUGCCCUGUGAUGCCUGCAAACACUUUGACGUUGUUUAUUAGAUUGCAGUCUCUCCACGGGGUUUGCAAACCUUUAAAAUGCCACUUCACUGGUAUAUGAGCAUAAGCCCCUGGUUUCAAAUGUGCGCAUGCGCAUAAAAAAAAUUAUACGUUUUGCCAUUCCGUCAUAUAAGUGAUGCAUAUUGCAAAUAUACUUGAACAAUAUCAACUGCGUACUGUAAUAAUUGGAUUCUUAUGCAAAUAUGGACUUUGGAUUAUUUUGAAAGUUAAGCGACCUGAGCUCAUUCAGGAAUGCUAUUCCCAGAAACAACUGUGAACAUCUUUGACAAAUUUGAGGCAGUAAUCUUUUUGGCUAUUUGCUGAAUUUUUGUCGACGUGCUGCGACACUAGCGGACUUGAUAUUUCUGGCUUAAUUUUUUCAAGUCAUCACGUUACAUUCGGAGGAUCACAUCUUAAGAGGGAAUGUUGAGCAACCUGCUAUAAGACGACAUCGGCUGAUUUGGCUAAAUAAAUCUGUGAAGGACUUAAUUCUUUAUUUCUUUUCCGUUGCUUGAAUGAGCAUGCUGCAUUCCCUCUGUUCCAUCAUUUGGUUGAACCGCGGGUUCAAGCUGAGAAAAGUGGCCUGUUCGGCCAACACCGGCCAGGUCUAAGCCGUUGCUACCGCGCAUGCCUGUUUAUGAGCUUUGGUCAGAAGUGCUUAGCUUUUAACUAAACGUCCCACGGUACGACAUCAUUCGCACCCUCACAAAGUUUCAUCCCCAGUCCGACGUUCUUCAGCCUGUGGUGAUCGUCAAUUCAUACUCUGAAAAUGGCUGCCGAUGGUUUCCAGUACAAAUCUCUGUAUUCCUACUGUAAGGACUGGGAGAAUGACAUUGACCUUGAGCCUGGUGAUAUCCUGAUGGUCGACAAAGCGUCUCUGCUGUCGCAGGGCUUUAUAGAGGGAGACGAGCAGCACCCAAAAUGCCUCGGCUGGAUCUUGGGCUUUAACGAGCGAACCAAACAAAGGGGAAACUUUCCAGGGACGUACGUGCAGUAUUUGGGACCUGUGAAAAUGUCAGUGCUGUCCAGCCAGCCUCGUUCUCAGAGACCGCUUCCUGCUGUUCCCAGACCUGAGCCAACAGCCUCCUCGCAGGUUGCUCCAGUCCUGGACUUGACCAAACAGUCCACACACCCGGAAACUGCUCCUCCUUAUCUUAUUAAGGUGGUCGAAGCAAUUGAGCGGACAGGUCUGGACUCCAGGACACUAUACAGGACAUCCACUGCUUCAGCCUCUGACAGACAGAGCCCCGCUGAGCUGCAGGAGUUGGACGUGGGACAUUGGGACAUUCAUGCACUCUCGGAGGCUCUCGUUCGGUACCUGCAGGAACUUCCUGCCCCCAUCAUCCCUCCCUCUGUUUAUACAGACCUUCAGGCAGCAGUGCAAUUAGAAUCAGACGUUUCCUCCGUGAGGAGCCGAGAGCAGCUGCUGCAGGUACUGGAGAAGCCAGAAGUUCCACUGCAGAACCUUCUGACGCUGCAUUAUUUGCUCAAACACCUGGAGAAGGUCUGCCAGCGCGCUGCACAGAACGGCCUCAACAUUCACACCCUCGGCCAAAUCUUUGGCCCUCUGUUGAUCAGGGGCCCUGUGAGCGGGUCAGAGGAAGAUGAGGGGUUUCCUGCGGUUGCGGUUGAGAGACUUCUUUUGGAGAGAAUUUGGGAACAAGAGCCGACUCCUCCCGCUCUCCCUCCUAAACCACCCAAAGCCAAAGCAAUGGCCUCAUCUGUGACCAAUGGAAACAACGGCUUACUGAGUGAAGCUGAAUGGUACUGGGGAGACAUUUCAAGAGAGGAGGUGAAUGAGAAGUUGAGAGACACUCCUGAUGGUACGUUCCUGGUGCGGGACGCAUCAAGCAAAGUGCAGGGAGAGUAUACCUUGACCCUCAGGAAAGGAGGCAAUAACAAACUGAUCAAGAUUUUUCACCGCGGGGGGAAGUAUGGCUUCUCAGAACCUCUUACUUUUCUCUCUGUGUUGGAGCUCAUCAACCACUACCGGCACGAGUCUCUGGCCCAAUACAACGCCAAGCUGGACUCUCGCCUGCUCUUCCCUGUGUCUAAAAAUCAACAGGAUCAGGUGGUGAAAGAGGACAGUGUGGAGGCAGUAGGAGAGCAGCUGAAGGUUUAUCACGAGCAGUAUCAGGAGAAGAGUCGUGAAUAUGAUGUACUGUAUGAAGAAUACACACGCACAUCACAAGAGCUGCAGAUGAAACGAACAGCCAUAGAGGCCUUUAAUGAGACUAUCAAGAUCUUUGAGGAGCAGUGUGAAACCCAGGAGCGCGUCAGUAGAGAAAGCAUUGAGAAGUAUCGCCGAGAAGGCAACGACAAGGAGAUUGAGAGAAUUCAGAGCAACUCUGAGAAGCUAAAAUCCAGAGUGACAGAGAUUCAUGACAGCAAGAGUAAGUUGGAACUGGACUUGAAGCAACAAGCCACAGACAAUCGAGAGAUAGACAAGAAGAUGAACAGCUUGAAACCAGACCUCAUACAGCUGAGGAAGAUAAGGGACCAAUACCUUGUAUGGUUGACUCAGAAAGGCACCAAACAAAGGAAGAUCAACGAAUGGCUAGGUAUAAAGAACGAAUCAGAGGACUUGUACUCUCUGUUGGAUGACGAUGACGAUCAAGCACAUCUCGAUGAGUGUACCUGGUACGUUGGGGACAUCAAGCGCACACAGGCGGAGGAUCUCCUGAGAAGCAAACGAGACGGCACCUUCCUCAUCAGAGAGAGCCAGACCCAGAAGGGCUCCCUCGCCUGCUCUGUAGUCGUGGAUGGAGAGAUCAAACAUUGUGUGGUUUACAAGACGGCCACGGGUUUUGGAUUUGCUGAGCCCUACAACCUUUACGGUUCCUUGAAAGACUUGGUCCUGCACUACAAACACACCUCUCUGGUCCAGCACAACGACUCCCUGAAUGUAACCCUGGCCUACCCGGUCCUCGCACAGCAGCCUAGAUGAGCACGGCCCAGGACACACAUAUAAAGCAUGAUCAAGCACAUUAUACAGAGCAAAUUAUACUAACACCAAACUUUUAUGUUUAUGGUAGAGAACAGAUAAGCACAGUAUAUUAUCGUAAGUAAACGUAUGGCUUUUUUUGUAAGCCCAUAGUUUUCCGUAUCAAUCAAAGUCAGCUGCAGUAAUCAUAUUAAGAUCACAGCUACUCUGUAUUUGUUGUCCCGACAUGAGAGAGAGGAAGGUGUCAUGUGAUUCCAUGAAAGCUCGAACUAGUGUCUAAGUCCUGGAUAUUUUCGGUGAGGACACCAGGCCAGGGACGAGAUGAGGAAUUAACCGAAAGGUGCAGCUGUUGAUAAUCAAUCUUUUAGCUGUUAUGCCACUGUGCAACUGUUUGGUUGGUCACUUCUGCCAACCAUAUGAAUAGAUUCCUCUUUAUGUGAUUUGUCCUAUAGAAGAUGUGAAACAAACCUUUUUAUUAUUACUAUUAUUAUUAUAUCAUACAUGUUCGAGGGACACUGAAGUCCUUCUAGCUUCUAAUCAGGCUCUUUAAAGCUAGUCGUCAUGGUCAGAAUAUAUAGCCAUCAACAAUUGUGUGAAUUUCUUUGAGAUAUUACACCACAGAGUUGGAAGUCUGGCAUCUUAAUGGUUUCUGUGGGCUGGUAUCGGUGCUUCAUGGUGCUUUAUUUUUGACUCUUGUAACGUGAGAAUAAUGCAUAGCUAUAGUGACCUGUUAAGAUCCAGAGCAGAACAAAGGUGAUCCCAAAGCAACAUUGCACGCGUACAGGAGCUUCCACUCGCUUAGAAAGAAAGGUUUUAAGGGGCAAAGCUGGUUAUUCAACAUGCACAAGCAUGUUGAGAUCAUGUUGAGACACUUGAGAUUUAAACCAGGAUAUAAUUACAGAUUUUCGAGGAAAUUAUCAGUUGGAAUAUGUUUUGUUUGUAAUAGGAAAUUAGUCGUAAUGUUUGUUGGCCGUUUUGUAACUGUACAAGCCUUAAGUGUUUCAUCCUGUGACCUCGGCGUAUAGUCAGAUGAGACAUCGUUCUGAACAUCAUGCAGUCAGCUGGGU